CCCUCAUUCAUACACUCAGCGGUCAUGCCUAUCAUGAACUCGUCUGGCUCAUGGUGUUCUUUCUUCAGACUCGCACAAGAUCGAUACAUGUGCGACCACCGCCCUGAUUCUCACCAAGCAACUACUUAUCUUGACCGGUAAUCUAUAGCGCAGAUACUACUCCACGCAAGCACGUCUACAAGUCUGACAAGCAACCAUGGCCGACUUACAGCCAACCACGCUCGAUGAGCUCCUGUCCUGCUACCCAGCCAAGCCGUCCAAAGCCGCUGUAGCCAAGUUCGUGCACCGACUGGCCCUCUCCAAGGCCUGGGGCGUCGCACAAGGGCCCAAAAGGCUUCUUGACAUUGGCUGUGGCCAGGGAGAAUGCAGCCUUGUGAUGGCUUCCAGCCUCGGCCCGACCGGGCACGUCACCGGCAUCGACGUCGCGCCGCCAGACUACGGCUCGCCAUUCACCAUCGGACAAGCCCAGGAGUGCAUCCUGAAAUCUGCUCUAGGGUCUCGCAUCGACUUCAGACGCGGGGACGCCGAGGCGGUCUUGAAUCCGGCCGGUGACGCCCACGAUGACUCUCGUGCAUCCGCCGCCGCGCCGUUUGACGCAGCGAUCCUGUGCCACAGCCUGUGGUACUUUGACUCUGCUGAGGACAUACGCCAUCUAUUCUCCCUGCUGGCCAAAGCCCGCGUGCCCCAGAUCUACCUCGCAGAGUGGAAGGGCGAGGCGACACACGUCCAGCAGGAGCCGCACAGCCUCGCUGCCCGCACGCAGGCCUUCCUGCAUUCACAAAAGCCCACGGGGAGACCGUGGUCGGUGGUCGAGGCCAAUGUCCGCGCCGCCUUCCCUGCUGCGGAUAUCUUGCAAAUGGCCGAGGCGGUGGGCUGGCGGACGGCGAGCAAGGGCGACGUCGCGGCCCCAACAGACAUGAUGGACGGGCAUUGGGAGGCUCGAUAUGUGGUUUCUGACAAGUUCAAGAGCUCAUUUGAGGCCGAGGACAGCCUUUCGGCGGAAGCCAAGGAGAAGCUGGACAUGUACGUUGAGAUGGUAAAGCACAAUGCUGCGAUUGUGGAACGCAGCUCCUUUACCAAAGUCGAAUGUAUGGAUGUUACCUGGGCGGUCUUGCAGCUGGCUGCUUGAGAGCUACCUCGAAUAAUAGCACACUUUGCAUGUUGCCAUA